AUGGAGAAGAUCGAAUUUGAAUUAAGCACGAGAGGCACUCCAGAUAGGCCCGACAAAGAAAGGGCGGUUGAGGAGGAUGGUGGUUUACGACAAUUCGACCCGAAGACUGUCAGUAAACUGCGUCGCAAGAUGGACUUCAUCCUGCUCCCGACCCUGGCACUCAUGUACACCUUCAACAGUCUGGACCGCAGUAACCUGGGCAAUGCUAAAACUGCCGGGCUCGAGAAAGAUUUGAACAUGAAGGGUGACCAAUAUAAUCUCCUGCUGACCAGUUACUACAUCGUCUUUUGCCUCUUCGGACCACUGAUGGCCAUCUUCACCCGUGUCGCCACCGCCAAAAUUGCACUCCCUUGUAUGAUGCUGGCGUUCGGUAUCGCUUCUGCAGCAACAGCAGCAUCCAAAAGCUUUACGGGUGUCUUGGUGUGUAGGAUAUUUGUCGGGAUUUUCGAGUCCGGCUUUCUGGCGUCCGUUGUCUUCUACCUCUCUCAAUGGUACACUCGUGCAGAGAUAGCGUCUCGAAUUGCCGUCUUCUACGCAGGAGCAGUCGUGGCAUCGGCAUUUGGCGGCCUUCUUGCGUAUGGAGUCUUUCAGAUCAAAGGCGGUGCACUCCACGUCUGGGCAUACCUCUUUAUCCUGGAGGGCUGUCUCACCUGCUUGAUUGCCAUCGCUGCAUACUUUAUACUCCCGGGAAACAUCAGCGAUGCCUACUUCUUGACAGCGGACGAAAAAGAGGUCGCGACAGCCCGCAUGCAGAUGGAUGCAAUGCAAUCGCAGGCUCCAAAAUGGAACUGGUCAGAGGCCUUCUCCGAGUUUCGCACUAUUCACGCCUAUGCACGUGUCUUGAUUGCUGUCGCUUGCGGUCUCCUACCCCAGUCCAGUGCCAAUUUCCUGGCAAUUAUGACCGUGAGAUUGGGGUACUCGGUGGCUAAGACAAACCUGUACACUGUAGCUCCAGCAGUGACAGCUACGGUGUUCGUCGUGGCGUUUGCGUAUUCGUCUGAUCAUUUCCGCGAGCGCGGCUUUCACAUGGCAGUGCCAUGCGCUGUAGGCAUGAUAGGCUAUAUCAUCCUUAUCGCAGUCCAUGUGGAGACCCAUAAAGGGGUUGGAUACCUAGCCAUAUUUUUCUGUACCAUUGGUGUAAGUACCGCUCACUCUGAAUUCAUUCUCAGUAACGCAUCACUAAAUAUUCGCCACCUGUUCGAACCAUUAGGCAUAUCCAAUGGCUGUCAUAUUUUCAGCGUGGACAGUCGCCAACAUACCCAAUCUCAACGCUCGUGCACUUACAACUGGAAUUCUACUAUCAAUAUCGAACUCGACCGGAUUGGUGACGUCGAACAUCUUUCUUUCCCGAGAGGCACCAAAGUACACGACUGCACUCAUCGUGAACAUGUCUUUUUCGGCCUUCGGGAUGGCUUUUAUAGUCAGCUAUAG